GGAACAAUCUCUCUCUGUUUCUUCUUCUUCCUUGUUGCUUCUUCUUCUCUCUCUCGCUCGCGUUGCUGUUGUUGACUCUCAUUAAACCUUCUCUUGCAAUCCUUUCCCCCUUCCGCGUGAGCUUCCUCCGAUUGCCUCAAUACUCACGAAAAUGGUUUACGCGGCGAAGAAAUUCAUCAACAACCCCAACGAUGUUGUGACUGAGUUCAUCGAGGGACUUGUGGAAACUUAUCCUGGACUCCAGUAUUUGGAUGGCUUUCCUGAGGUUAAGGUGGUGCUACGAGCUGAUGUCUCUGCUGAGAAGUAUGACAAGGUUGCCGUUAUAUCAGGUGGAGGCAGUGGGCAUGAGCCAGCUCAUGCUGGUUACGUUGGAGAAGGAAUGCUUACAGCUGCUAUCUGCGGAGAUGUCUUUGCUUCUCCACCUGUUGAUUCCAUCCUGGCUGGGAUUCGGGCUGUCACUGGUCCUCAGGGAUGUCUUUUGAUCGUCAAGAACUAUACUGGUGACCGCUUGAACUUUGGUUUGGCUGCUGAGCAAGCGAAAUCUGAAGGUUACAAAGUAGAGACUGUAAUUGUUGGAGAGGAUUGCGCUUUACCCCCACCUCGUGGUAUUGCUGGACGCAGAGGGUUAGCAGGAACCGUUCUUGUACAUAAGGUGGCUGGCGCAGCAGCAGCUGCUGGUCUUUCUCUAGAAAAAGUUGCGGCCGAGGCAAAGUGUGCGUCGGAGAUGGUUGGUACCAUGGGUGUUGCAUUAUCUGUUUGUACGCUUCCUGGGCAGGUUACAUCUGACCGUCUGGGCCAAGAGAAGAUGGAGCUCGGGCUUGGAAUUCAUGGAGAACCUGGUGCUGCUGUGGUUGACGUUCAACCUGUGGACGUGGUGGUUUCACAUGUUCUUCAGCAGAUACUGAGUCCUGAGACCAAUUAUGUUCCCAUUACACGCGGUAACAGAGUGGUUCUCAUGGUUAAUGGCCUAGGAGGCACCCCUUUGAUGGAACUUAUGAUUGCUGCUGGAAAAGCUGUCCCUAAACUGCAGCUGGAAUUUGGACUUGCUGUUGAUAGGGUGUACACAGGGCUUUUUAUGACUUCGCUCGAUAUGGCAGGAUUCUCAAUUUCAAUCAUGAAGGCUGACCAGUCAAUUUUAAACCGAUUAGAUGCUCCAACUAAGGCUCCAAAUUGGCCUGUUGGCACUGAUGGCAACCGGCCACCUGCAAAGAUCCCUGUUCCUAUACCCCCUUCUCGAUCAGCAAAAAGUGCUGAGUCUCAGGCUCGACCUAAAGAGCUGAGUCAACAAGGUCGAGUUCUUGAGGCAGCUAUUCACGCAGCAGCAACUGUGAUCAUCAGUCUAAAGGAUAGUUUGAACGAAUGGGAUGGAAAAGUAGGCGAUGGUGAUUGUGGGUCAACAAUGCACAGAGGUGCAACAGCUAUUUUGGAAGACAUGAAACACUAUUAUCCGCUCAAUGAUGCUGCGGAAACAGUGAAUGAGAUUGGUGCAUCAAUCAGCAGGGCCAUGGGGGGCACAAGUGGAAUUAUAUACAAUCUCCUCUGCAAGGCAGCGUACGCGGAGCUAAAAGCCAACACUGAGUCAGAAGUCACUCCCAAAUACUGGUCCAAAGCACUCAAGUCAUCAAUAGCUUCUGUCAGCAAAUAUGGUGGAGCAACUGCGGGAUACAGGACGAUGCUAGAUGCGCUUAUCCCAGCUUCACAAGUUCUUGAAGAGAAGCUAAGCGCUGGAGAGGACCCAAUAUGUGCUUUUAUUCUGUCAGCUGAAGCAGCAACUAAAGGAGCGGAAUCAACCAUACAGAUGCAAGCACAGGCUGGGAGAUCGAGCUAUGUGUCUGCAGAGAUGCUUGCAACAGUUCCAGAUCCAGGUGCAAUGGCUGCAGCAGGAUGGUACAGUGCGGCAGCAAGAGCCGUGAAGGAGCAGUAUCAGGGGUCAUCAUGAUCCCCCUUGGAGUGGCUUCUUCUUUUGUUUCUCGGGAUAUAUGAAAUGAGAGAGAGGCUCUUUAUCGCAAACUAUUGGCUUUCGGUGUAUGUGUAUGUUUAAGAUUUUUACUUACUCUGUGAGGGCUCUCCGUUUAUGCCAUUUUUUUUUUGGGUGGUGCGUAAUACUGCGAGAGUUUAAUAUAAGCUUCCGGAGAGAGACGAGACUAUAUUGGUACUUUGGGUU